AGGCUCGAAUUAUCCCUCUUGGCCACAGCCUUGCUUUGGGAUUUCAUGUUGAGCUGACUGCCCAUCAGGACUCCCAGUCUCAUAUUUAGUCUCUGCUUYGGAGGAUAGAGUCCUCUCUCUCCCUCUCAUCCUAACUUCCUCAGUGGCCCAGAACUGCUUUAGAAGCAGCAGCAGGAGCCUGGAGGAUUUUAGAUAAUGGGCUGUGUGCAAUGUAAGGAUAAAGAAGCAACAAAACUGACUGACGAGAGGGAUGGCAGUUUAACUCAAAGCUCAGGCUACCGCUAUGGGACAGAUCCCACUCCACAGCAUUAUCCUAGCUUUGGCGUGACUUCAAUUCCAAACUACAACAACUUCCAUGCCACAGGAGGCCAAGGAUUGACCGUGUUUGGUGGAGUCAAUUCCUCCUCUCAUACAGGGACACUGCGAACAAGAGGAGGAACAGGUGUAACUCUUUUUGUGGCGCUUUACGACUAUGAAGCAAGAACAGAAGAUGACUUAAGUUUUCACAAAGGAGAAAAGUUUCAAAUACUUAACAGCUCGGAAGGAGACUGGUGGGAGGCCCGGUCCUUGACGACAGGCGAAACUGGUUAUAUUCCCAGCAAUUAUGUGGCUCCAGUCGAUUCCAUCCAAGCAGAGGAGUGGUACUUUGGCAAACUUGGCCGAAAGGAUGCUGAGAGGCAGCUGUUGUCAUUCGGAAACCCAAGAGGUACCUUCCUUAUCCGGGAAAGUGAAACUACCAAAGGUGCCUAUUCCCUCUCCAUUCGUGACUGGGAUGAUAUGAAAGGAGAUCAUGUCAAACAUUAUAAAAUUCGUAAACUUGACAAUGGUGGUUAUUAUAUCACAACUCGGGCACAGUUUGAAACUCUUCAGCAGCUGGUUCAGCAUUAUUCAGAGAGAGCUGCCGGUCUUUGCUGCCGCUUAGUAGUCCCCUGUCAUAAAGGAAUGCCAAGGCUUACUGAUCUGUCUGUCAAAACCAAAGAUGUCUGGGAAAUUCCACGAGAAUCCCUACAGUUGAUCAAGAGACUGGGAAAUGGGCAGUUUGGGGAAGUAUGGAUGGGUACGUGGAAUGGAAAUACUAAAGUGGCCAUCAAGACUCUGAAGCCUGGCACGAUGUCUCCAGAAUCAUUCUUAGAAGAAGCCCAAAUCAUGAAGAAGCUAAAACACGACAAACUGGUCCAGCUUUAUGCUGUGGUGUCCGAAGAACCCAUCUAUAUUGUCACAGAGUACAUGAGCAAAGGAAGUUUGCUAGAUUUCUUAAAAGAUGGAGAAGGAAGAGCCUUGAAGUUACCGAACUUAGUGGACAUGGCAGCCCAGGUGGCUGCAGGAAUGGCUUACAUUGAGCGAAUGAAUUACAUACACAGAGAUCUGCGAUCUGCAAACAUUCUGGUGGGGAAUGGCCUCAUAUGCAAGAUUGCUGAUUUUGGGUUAGCAAGGCUGAUUGAAGACAACGAAUACACAGCAAGACAAGGUGCAAAGUUUCCCAUUAAAUGGACAGCACCAGAAGCUGCGCUGUAUGGAAGGUUCACAAUCAAGUCAGACGUGUGGUCUUUUGGGAUCCUCCUGACAGAGCUGGUAACAAAAGGGAGAGUGCCAUACCCAGGCAUGAAUAACCGUGAAGUUCUGGAGCAGGUGGAGCGUGGUUACAGGAUGCCAUGCCCUCAGGACUGUCCCAUCUCCUUGCACGAGCUCAUGAUCCACUGCUGGAAAAAAGACCCCGAGGAGCGUCCCACAUUCGAAUACUUGCAGGGCUUCCUCGAAGACUACUUCACCGCCACAGAGCCCCAGUACCAGCCCGGCGACAACCUGUAGGGCGCCGCUCUCGGCACGCGGUGGCCGUCGGGAUCCCCCAGGGGCUCCUCCGUGGGUCCGGGCCCCGGUGUGGGGCUCCRCAGAGCGCAGCAGCUCCCAGCGCCGCGGCCGGCGCGCGGGGCCCGCCAGCCCCGGCCCUCGCCUGCGACCACUCGUCCUCAUAACCUGAAUGUCCUCGACAAAAGGGAGAGAAACACUUGUCUUUUCUUAAUCAGAGACUCCUCGAACCGCAUUGUAUCGAUGUUACGUAAACUGCAAAACCUCUGUUCAUUGUAAAUAGUAACUCAGUGCCAAUAACGGAUCCUAGUGCUUUCCUUUUUUUAAAACGCGGAACCUAUGUGAUUUUAACUAGUCUUCUCCUGAUUCAACUAAAAGUAUUAUUUUCCAGAAGUGGCCUCUUUGUCUAAAACAUUUUUUUUCAUGUUUUAACAAAUAAUAAWAAAAAAAAAAAGAAAUCAGGACAGGUGUUUGGUUUUUUUGCUUUUUUAUAUAUAAAAUAUAUAUAAUAUAUAUACAUACCUGUACAUACAGUAUAUGGGUGCUAUUGCAGAGGAAAUUCAUUCUGAAUGGAAUGAAUCCUGCUGCAGCAGUACCCAGAAAGUGAUAAUUUUACUGCAGACAUGAAAACACUGGUAGGAUUCUGGAAGCCAGUGAUCUAAUUUUUGGCUUUUGCCAAGCAUGAUUUUUUUAAAUUGGAUUGCACUUUUUGUUUAUGACUAUGUACCUGUAGAUGGUUGUAACUUUGCUCUUUCAGGAAUCAUGUGCUGUAUUUACAGUAAUGUUUCCAAUGUUUGACAAGUGUGUGAUGAUUUGUUCUUGAAAUUAAAAUGAACAUAUUUAAAACAAGAAAACUACACCAUCACCGUUAGAACUGGAAAAUUGAAACCACAAGGACUUCUUGUAUCCAAACAUGUAUACUGAAAUGUUUCAAAAAGAUUUAUUAAACAGUGUAACCACAUUCAAAUGGUCUUAAAAUCAUAGCAUUUUAGCCAUGUCCACCUGCUAAACUGUUGAUCAUGCAACUAGGAUUUUUCUGUUUUAUGUGUAACAUUUUCCAUUGUAAAAUAAGUGUGUUAAAUGUCCUGUACUGCUAAUGAAAUUACUUUCUCUGUGUCUGCAAGUUCUCCAGUGGAAUUACUAUGCACUUCUUUACAUUUCAUGGGGGAUGCACAGAACAAAGUAUUACCUUUUCAGUUGUCUGUACCAGCCUUGAAUUACUUACGUUUAACCAAAAAAAAAUUUUCCUUUCUAUUUCUAUUGAGUUUUUAAUACUGAGUUGCAAAUUUUAAAGUCU